AUGGCUGUUGACUGUAUGUCCAUGGCUUCGCGCCACCAUCCUCACCACCCUUUGAACCAAUAUGACACAUCGGAUCGGGCCCCAAGCAUGAGUUCAAGUAUGGCCAGCAACAAUCCAUACGCCCGCUACAUGUCUCCAGCUCCAUCCACCUACUCCCGACGGUCGCGCUCGGAGUCAGUAAACUCUGCCCCGUCGAUCUGGUAUUCCGGCACACCCGAACAUUAUCCGGUAGAGCCGAGACGCAGCCAGGACCCAUCUGUGCCUCGACGCCGCCGCACUACUCACAACACCCACAAGCCAUCGCGGCACUCGCAGCUUGUGCAACCCGAUAUCAUCGAUAAACUAGACGAUGUUUCCAUGUUCUCUUAUCACCAUGAGGGCCCUUACGAUGCUGCCCGUCCCGAACGCAACCGUGUCAGUCAAUACAGCCCACUUGAAGCUGUUAAGGAAUCAAACGCCGAGGCCCUCCGGGCUACGCCGCAUCACAAGAUUGCGGAUGCCUUGAACAGCCACCGUCCAUUGGAUGGGGUCGCUUUUUACCCUCCCGGAACUACGGACCGGAGCGGUCAGGAGUAUACUUACGAAGAGGGCUCUAACAUGAUGAAUGAUUUCUCUGGCAAUUUCAUGCGCCUGCCAGGAACGAAAUUCACGGACGAAGAUUUCAAAAAUGACCCAUUCUACAACCGUCCGCUGUCAAACCCGUUCUCCUCGCUUAAGAAGAGGAUCAGUCUGCGCUUGAAGAAGCGCCGCAGCACUGCCUAG